GUUUCCACACCGCUCUUUCCUUCCCAACCACCAUGGCCAAGCGAGAAUCUUCGGAAGACUGGUCGUCAUUCUUCGACCCGACGACGCGUGUUCGUCGCGGUCUGUGUCCCGUUACCCUCCAAGAUGGGAUCACGGAGAGUCAUGCACUGUACUUUGAGCAGCAUGGCUCCGGGCCUGAGAAGAUAGUUCUCAUCAUGGGAUUGAACUCGACGUCUUUCUCCUGGGCACCUCAAGUCGACUACUUCGCUAAAAACCCGAGAUAUUCGGUUCUGGUCUUUGAUAACCGCGGUGUUGGCCACAGUGAAGCACCUAGAGGACCGUACACCACACGGGGCAUGGCUGAUGAUGUGCUGAAAUUACUGGACUACGUGGGAUGGAACGGCAAGCGCUCUUUGAACAUCGUUGGGCUUUCACUUGGGGGCAUGAUUGCACUAGAGUUGCUCGACCGCAUCCCGGAACGCGUGAUCUCCCUGCUGCUUGCAGUCACCACCGCUGGUAGCAGGCUACCUUGGAAUAACGUAUCACCGUGGAAAGGUACAUCAACGCUCACGAGAAUGCUAUUAGAUAAGGAUCCGAAGAACAUUGUCCGCUUGGCGAUGGAAAUGAUCUUCCCUGUGGAAUGGCUGGAUGCGAAGAUCGACGGUGACGCAGAGGAUCAGACCAAUAGAGAGGCGAUGAGACAGAUGCUACUCGCUCGACGGGAAGUGACACGCCCCCAGACCACAAUGGGUUCCAUGUCGCAAAUGGCCGCUGCCCUGAUGCAUUACGUAUCCCCGGAACGCCUUCACAAGAUAUCCAAGUCGAUACCCAAAGUAACUGUCCUCACCGGGGACGAAGAUAACCUCGUUGCACCAAGCAACUCUUUGUACCUCAGCAAGCAGAUGCCUGAAGCCGAAUAUGUGGUCUGGGAUCACACGGGGCAUGCACUUCAGCAGCAGUGGCCUACGCGGUUUAGUGAAUUGGUGGAAAGGAACAUCAAAGAGGGCAAGGAAGUCCUCGCCUCAGGUACCUUCGACGGAUAAUACUCUCUGUGAUUGCAGGUGUAAUUAUUACAUACUUACAUAUGCGCUGUUUGGGCAAGUACCAUUUUGCUCGUAUUCAUUCAAUAUAACCAAGGGAGUCCCUGCACGCCCUAGGCAGCAUUGUAUUAUUGUUAAAUCUUCUCAUUGCUUACGCUGCCUGACCCUUCUAGUUUCCAUCAUGAGUUAACACAUA